AUGAAAUUAAAAAACAGAAACUCAACUUCUGUUAACAAAUUACAAAACCUAAAAUAAUAGUAAGAUAACAUCAUAUAAUCUAUAAAUGAAUUGAAUGACAAAAACUAAUAAAUCAUAAAAGACUAUAUGAAUAAAUAGCAACAACUAACAGAUUAAUUAUAAAAGUAACAUCACUAAAUAACAAUACAAGAACUAAAAUAAGCAUUAUAAAAUAAUGUUUGGACAUAAAAAGUAGGGUUCUUUUUGAAUCCUUUAUCAUAAUAAAUUGGAUAAAGAAUAACGAUUUAAUAAUAAUAAAUAUUGUUAAAACAUUCAGAAUCUAAGUUAAUCUUACUUGAAAGAAUCUUUUAAACAGAAUUCAAGAUUGUUCAAUUUUAAGAAUAAAAGAAAAUGAUAUAAAAUGAUAUUGAAGGAAGAAUUUUGUAAAUGGAUACUCUCUUAAUAGAAUAUGAAGAACUAGAAUAGAUCAUUGAUUCAUAAUAAAAUAGAUCAUAAUGCAAUAAUAUUAAAACUAUUUUUGAAAUCAAUAAAAAUUUAAGCCAACUUAAACAUAACUAUAUAUAAUUAGCUAAUUAACGAUAAGAAUAAGAAAUUCUUUAAACAGAUUUUCUAUAAAAUAUCAACACUUUAGAGUUGCAAUUUAAAUCAAUUUAAAUUGAAAAAUAAAUGAAAGGCUUAUAAUCUUCAUGGUUCAAUGUAGAUUAACUUUACAAUUUAAUUGUAACUAAUGUGAAAUCUGAAUAAUAAUUAGAUUUAUUUUGCAAUAUAGUAUUACUAAUUAAUGAUAAAAUUGUUUAAGGGUUGAACUCUAAAACAAAUUAAUAUGUAAUAAUUGAAAAUAUUCGAUAAAUUGAAAAUGAUAAUAAUUUUAGAGUAUUCAAUAGUACCAUAUUUUAAGAAUAUUUGGAUUAAGCUUAAAUUAUAGAGUAUUCGUAAUUUCUUAAAACUGAAUUACCUAAGCGAAUCUAUAAGUUCAAAAUAGAAUCCCAAUUGAAAUAACAUAAGUACAAAAAUAAUAAAUUAAGAAUAGAACACAUCUUAUAGAUAUACAGAGACAGAUACAUUAAAUUAUGUAUGAAUAAUCUAUGAUUUAAACCUAAUACAAUAGACUUGAAUCUAAUCUACCUGUUCUUGAAUAAAACUAAACUGCUUAAAGAUUGUAGUAGAUCCUUGAUAGAAUGAAUCAUAUUGAAUGCUUGAAAUCAUAAAAUAAAACACUUUUUGAAAUUACAUUCCCAGCAUAAAUUAAAUAAAUACAAGAUAAUCUAAUGUAAAUGAAAUAAUAGUUGAAUUCUUAAAUUAAAGAUUUGUAAUAUUCAAUAGGCAUAGAAUAAGAUUAUUAUUAUAAAAUAUUCUCUACUUAAUCUCAAAAAUUACCAAUUUUAAUUCUCGAUUCAAACAUAGUUAAUAAUAAUAUAGAAUAAUAAAUAGAAGAAAAUAGAAAAUAGUAUCAAUAAUAAUAAAUUCUCUAUAAUUAAAAUGUUGAAAAUUUAAGAUAAAAACUUAAAUAAUUAGAAGAUUAAGAAAGUAUGAAAAUUUGUAUAUAAAAUUAGAUUAAAUGUAAACAAGAUAUUUAAUUGAGUUGAAUGAAUCGAUUAUGAAGACAAAAAAAGAGAAUAUUCCUCCUUCUGAUUCCAGAGAUAUGAGUAUAUUGGGAACCAUAUAAAUAGAUAUGUCUUAAGAAAGAACAACUCAUAAAUAUUCAGUAUUAAGAUCCAAAAAAUAACUAUUUAUGAAUGAACCAACAGAUAGAAGUCUUUCUACUUAUAGUUUUUUAGGACAUCGUUCAUCUGAUCCAUUAUGUUCUAAGACUAAAUUAGCUUUGAAACAAUAAACUAGUUUAUCAUCAUAAACAUCUCAAAAAAAUCCAUUAUUAUCACCUCAGUCUAAUAAUCAUCAUAUAUCUAUAGAGCAAUCAUUAAGUUUACAUGUAUGAAAAUGAUUAAAGUAUUAUAGUCCUCUGCAAGAAGAUUCCCAGAUUUUCAAAUGGAAAAAUCACCUCCUCCUCAAUAAAUUAUAGGAGAAAAGAUAUUUAAAGUAUUAAAGAGAACAUUUAGAUAAUAAUCUACAAAUAAUAAAAAUGGAUGUUCAGCAUUUUCAAGCAAAUUUGUAAAAUAUAAUUAAAAAAUGAAAUGUUUGGAAUUCUAUAAUUCUAAUAAAAUUAUCCAUGAUUUAGGUCAAAAAGAAUCAGCAUUAUGUUUGAAAUAAAUUAAGGAAGUGAAACAAUGUUAAUAAUCAUUAGUUUUAGUAAUUUCGAAACAUCAAUCAAUAGAAUUAGUAUUUAAUAAACAUGAAUAACUAAAUGAAUUUAUGAAAAUGAUAACAUAGUGA